AUGAUCUCUGCUGAUUUCAAUUUAGUGGCCGACGACAACACCACUGCGCCGACCCCCAAUCCUCCCCUGUCCGACGAAGAACUGGCUGCACGAUACUGGCCCUGGUAUGGACAUGGUGAUCUGUUGCCCUGCGUUCGCUGCCUGGAGGUUGUGCUGCAGGGGUCUGUGAUGUGGGAGCAUAGAAUUGGUCGUCAUGUCCAGCAUGAAGGCAAAAACACCACUGAGUAUACGCAAUGCCUGCCUGUCCCCAAGCCCAACCGUGGCUUGGUUUGCCUCCCUUGCCGUAUUGAGGGGAAAUCUUGCCUCCAAAUUUGUCCGGCGGUGGCCAAAGACCUCAAGGAGGCUCUCUGGCAGUAUUUUGUGGUGGAUCUGCCAAAGGCCUCGCCACGGGACCAUCGGCUGAUGGGUGACCCCGGCCCGCCCACCACGCUCAUCGAAUCCACCAAGGCCAAGCUGGAGGAGAUCAAGCAUGACCGGAAUGUAAAUCGUUAUCAAAACAAGAAGCUUCAGCAGAAAGUCAGAGCUCUGCUUGCACGGAUUGAAUCCCGCCCACUGGCGCCCUCGACCCGGUGA